AUGCGAUCUGUUCAGAUUUUCGUUGUCACUCUCCUGCUUCCAGCAAUUCUGGCUUUCCCUGCCAGCAUCAUCAUCCUUGAUGAUGUCGAUGCCAUCAAAACCAGUGGCUUCGCCCCCAAGAACAAAACCUCGCCUCCAAAUGUCUCAUUAGCCAGCCAAGGCAAAGACUGCGCUUGGGCUGAAGCUCACAUUGGGAAGACAUACAUGGACUGCGCCAAGACCACCGGGAAAGACAGUGACCAUAUUGACUACAAGAUUAGUAAGACGGGUUUCAACUACUUCUUCCGCUUCUCGGACAAGUUCAGGAGCAAAGAGUACCGAACAAAGCUGGUGCUCUCAGUCCUCGCCCUCACAGGAACGGGUCAAAAGCAGACAGACUGGGUCAAGGGGAUCUACGACAAUAUCAAAGACCAGUGCGGCGGAAACGCCAACUUGUACAGCACGAGUUCUGUGCAGAAGAACAGUUUCGAGACGCUCGCCUUCACCAUGAGCAACGGAUACGGUAACCCCAAGAAAGGCGAGAACUCGCUCGUUCUGGUUUACGGUGUUGUCUUCUCGUUCACGCUGAAGUGGCCCUGGGCGGAGGAGGAUGCGGAUAUGAAAUGCAUCUCGACGGCGGUUCGCAAAGCAACUUGUGAUGGGGUGGCAAUGGUGAAUGGACAUACGUGUAGGGACAAGAAGGAGACAGAGUGGAAGAAUACGUUGAAACAGCCUGAGGUUCUGGAGUCACACAGUCUGUUUGGUCCUGCUUAA